AUGAGUGACACCCAUCCAUUUUUGCAGCUCUUGUUUCCUAGCGAAAGCAUAGUUCAUCACUGUGAAGGUGAAAUUCUGAAAAUAGGAAGCCUACAGAAAUUAAAUACUGGCAGACAUGUCCAAGGUAUAUUGCAGGGGUUCAAUCCCUUUAUGAAUCUUGUGAUAGAGGAGUGUGUGAAGAUGGCAACAAGUGGGCAACAGAACAAUAUUGGAAUGGUGGUAAUACGAGGAAAUAGUGUCAUGUUAGAAGCCUUGGAACAAGUAUAA